AUCAGCUGGCUAAAUACCGCAGUCUGCAACAAAACAAGAUUUAUUUUCUGUUACAAGGCGAGAGCUCUGGUUAAGCUGUAGCUGAUUAUGGAGUUUCUGAAUGAGAAAUUUUCCAUAAAAAGCCAGCCAGUUAAAAGCGGUUAUUUCUAUAUGGGUUCAGGAGGCACUUUGGAGCACGUUAUGGAAAGUUUAGACAGUGUACCCUUUUAUAACAAGACUUCACCCAAAUGCGUGCAGGCCUAUAAUCUUCAAAGUAAUGAUCAUCAAGGAAGACUGGAACGAGCAUCACCAUGUGAGGAACAAAACUCAAGUUAUAGAGUUACUAAUUCAGACGGGAACAGUGUCCACACAGAACUCAGCAAGUCCAUGGACAAUUGUUGCAGCUUGAAAGUGUCACCAGCAACGCCAGGAGGACAAGGCAAAGUAGACCUGCAAGACAUAAGUGAAAAUUGUGACAGCAACGUGUCCAGCAGCAAGAAGAGGAGACACAGGACAACAUUCACCAGUAUACAGCUGGAAGAAUUGGAGAAAGUGUUUCAGAAAACCCAUUAUCCAGACGUGUACGUGAGGGAGCAGUUAGCGAUGAGGACAGAACUUACCGAAGCUAGAGUGCAGGUCUGGUUUCAAAACAGAAGAGCCAAGUGGAGGAAAAGAGAACGCUAUGGCCAGAUCCAGCAGGCAAAAAGUCACUUUGCGGCUUCAUAUGAUAUAUCAGUUUUGCCGAGGACAGACAGUUAUUCACAGAUUCAGAACAAUUUGUGGACUGCGCCUCCUUCAAGUGGUUCAGUGGUUUCUUCAUGCAUGAUCCCACGCGACACCUCCCCGUGCAUGACGUCAUACCCUCAUUCACCACGAAGUGAUCAUGGAUACGUUGGUUUCACCAGCCAGCAAAACCAGUUUAGCCACGUCUCUCUCAAUAACUUCUUCACUGACUCCUUACUCUCGGCAACCCCAAAUGGACAUGCUUUUGAAACAAAACCUGAGUUUGAGCGGAGGUCAUCUAGCAUUGCUGUUCUUCGAAUGAAAGCAAAGGAGCACAGUGCUAACAUUUCAUGGGCUAUGUAAUAAUAAUAAUAAUAAUAAUAAUAAUAAUAAUAAUAAUAAUAAUAAUAAUA